GAGUCAGAGCCGUGCCGCCGAGCGAUGCCCGUCUCCCCGCCGCACGCCGCUUCCCGGAGCGCUGGGCAGCGGCAUGAAGGGGCCAGCUGAGGAUUUCUAGGGGGAAGAGGCGGGGAGCGAUGAAAGGCGUCGCUGCGAGGAGCCGCGGGGUGACGCCGGGGCAGGUAUUGAGCCUCUGCCUCCUCCUGCUCGCCGCUUCCUCCGGGGCUUCCGCCGCCAUUCGCUAUGCCAUCCCCGAGGAGGCGCGGAGAGGAUCGGCCGUGGGCAACGUGGCAGCCGACCUGGCGCUGGACCCGGCGCGGCUGUCGGGGCGGCGGCCGCGGGUGGUGUCCGGCGGUAGCAAGAAGUACUUCGCGGUGGAUGCGGCGAGCGGUUCGCUGCUGGUGAGCGAGCGGAUAGACCGCGAGGAGCUGUGCGGAGCGCUCUCCCCCUGCACUCUCAGCUUUGAGAUCGUGCUGGAGAAACCUCUGGAGCUGUACAGCGGCGCCGUAGAGAUCCAGGACAUCAAUGACAACGACCCGGUUUUUCCCAGCAGCCAGGCGAGGCUGGAAAUCAGCGAGUCGGUGGCGGCCGGGACGCGCUUCCCGCUAGAGAGCGCGCAAGAUCCCGAUGUGGGAAUUAACUCUUUGCAGACCUAUCAGCUCAGCGCCAACCCGCACUUCGUGCUGGACGUACAGACGAGGGUGGACGGCAGCAAGUACGCGGAACUUGUGCUAGAGAAGGAACUGGACAGGGAGGAGCAACGGGAGCUGCACCUGGUCUUGACGGCGCUGGAUGGAGGCAGCCCACCACGGUCGGCCCACGUGCAGAUCCACAUUGACGUGGUGGACUCCAAUGACAACGCCCCGGUCUUCAACCAGUCCACCUAUAAGGCAAGCGUGAGGGAGAACACGCCCAGCGGCACCCUGGUCACCAAGGUCAGUGCCUAUGACCUAGAUGAUGGGCCCAAUGGAGACAUCGUCUACUCCUUCAGCAGCCACACGCCAGCCAAGGUACGAGAGCUCUUCACUCUGGACUCAGACAUAGGGGAGCUGAGGGUCAAGGGCCAGCUGGACUACGAGGAAACAAAGCUGUAUGAGAUUUACUUACAGGCUAAAGAUAAAGGUGCCGUUCCUGGUGUAGCCAACUGCAAAGUGCUUGUGGAAGUCGUGGAUGUGAAUGAUAAUGCUCCAGAGGUGACGGUGACUUCGGUGUACAGCCCUGUGCCUGAGGAUGCAGCCCCGGGGACAGUUGUAGCUCUGCUGAGUGUAACAGACUUGGACUCUCGAGACAAUGGUCUGGUGAACUGUUUUAUUCCCCCUGGGAUCCCAUUCACGCUCAGUUCCACCCUCAAAAAUUACUACACAUUGAAAACUAAAGCAGCUCUGGACCGGGAAGAGGCAUCAGAGUACAACAUCACUGUCACAGCCAGGGACUCAGGUUCGCCGCCUUUGUCUGCAGUAAAACACAUCCUGGUGCAGGUGUCAGACGUCAACGACAAUGCACCCAAGUCUUCACAGGACUCCUAUGAUGUGUACGUGCUGGAGAACAACGUGCCAGGCAUCUCCAUUCUUAAUGUGAGCGCCACAGACCCAGACCUGGGGCGCAACGGUCAUCUCUCCUAUUCCCUCCUGCAAGGUGACACCGCUGUGGGUCACCUCUUCUCCAUCAACCGGGAGAGUGGUGCCCUCCAUCUGCUGACCUCCCUGGACCAUGAGGACCAGAUGGAGUUCAGCAUGAUGGUGCAGGUCCAGGACGGCGGCUCUCCGCCUCUUGCCACCAACCUGUCUGUCAAUGUGUUUGUCACUGACCUCAAUGACAAUGCCCCCACUGUGCUGUACCCCCUCCCGAACUCCACAUCCUCCUAUACUGACGUGGUGGCACCAGGCACUCCUGUGGGUCACGUGGUCACCAAGGUGGUGGCGGUGGAUGCGGAUGCAGGAUACAAUGCCUGGAUCUCCUACACCCUGCUGCAGGCCACUGACCCCACUCUCUUCUCAGUUGGGCUGCACAGUGGGGAGAUCAUCACAGCCCGUCAGCUCCGGGAGGAUGAGGCUCCCCAGCACACCUUGGUCAUCCUGCUGAAGGACCAUGGGGAGCCCCCGCUGUCAGCCAGUGCCACCGUCUCCAUCUCUGUGGCUGAGAAGGUCAGGGAGGCACUCACCGACCUCACCGAUGUGACACCCCCGCAUGACCCCAAGAGGCAUAUGACUUUCUAUCUCAUCUUGGCCGUCAUUUUGGUCUCGGCCGCUUUCUUCAUCACCAUAGUGUCGGUGGGCAUCUUCAAGUGCUACAAGUGGAGACAGUCAAAGGAGCUGUUCAACAGCUCCAGGAGCACCCUGUACAGGACGCCAGGGCCCUUCCACCAUGUUGAUGCCGUGCGGGGUGGUUUCACACCACCCAACUUCUAUCAUCAGGUCUAUCUCACCACGGACUCUAGGCAGAGUGAUCUCCUGUGUAAAAAGCCCAUCACUUCCAGCCCCCUGGGGAGCCGCCAGAACACCAUGAGGAAUGGUGAGCCAGGACUGUACCACCAGAUGGUGGGCACCACCAGCCGGCUCCCCACACCCGCUGAGCAAGCUCAGCCUAACCCGGACUGGCGCUUCUCUCAGACCCAGAGACCUGGAACAAGCGGUUCCCAGAAUGGAGAGGAAGGUGGAGCCUGGCCCAACAACCAGUUUGACACAGAGAUGCUUCAAGCCAUGAUCCUGGCCUCGGCAAAUGAAGCCGCUGAUGUCAACGCAACACUGGGUGGGGGCACAGGCACCAUGGGGCUGAGCGCCCGCUACGGCCCCCAGUUCACCCUGCAGCACGUCCCCGACUACCGGCAGAACGUCUACAUCCCGGGCAGCACCGCCACACUGAGUAAUGCUGCCGGCAAACGCGACGCCAAACCCUCGGGUGGCAACAAGAAGAAGUCUGGCAAGAAGGAGAAGAAGUAGAAAGGAGACGUCAGAGCGGGUGGGCAGCGCGUGCCAGCACUCCCCAACACCACAGGAGGACGAAUGUGGAUUUGUUUUUCUUUUCAUUUCUUGGCGAUGCAAAAGUUAGGAAGCGCUGCGAAUGUAUUGUCAUCGUCAGAGCUAGGAGCAGGCUGCCUGCUGUUAGGUCUCAUGAUGAAAAGCAAUCUGGAAAGCUAAAGCUAACACAAACAAGUGCCCUGUGAAUACAGCUAACGUUUUAUACGACCCCUCGGGUGUUAGGAUACAUGAGGUCGAAAGGCUUCGGCCAUAUCCUUGGCUUCGAUUUGCUCCCAGAUGGUCCGAGAGAGGCACGAGGCUCUCGCUCAGCUUCGUCCAGUGUAAAUAAUUGUAACACCCAUCUGUUAAUUUAUAGAGCUCUGAUCAUUUUUUUUUUGUUGUUGUUGUUAUUUGGAAAGAAAAAGGAAUUUCCCAGCAUAAAGCCCCACGUUCCACGUUUUCUGCUCUUUUAACUUCGUGAAACUCACCCUGGGUUAUUGGUAGCGGUGGAUUUGUGGGUAGGGAGUGCUUCAGUUCCUGUUCAGCUGUUAUCCGAAAAAAAAGAAAAGAAAAAAAAAUAAGAAGUGUUCGUAUUGCAUGAGUCAAAGGGAACAAUGCAGGGCUGCAUCCUAAACAGUUAUUGUUCUGUUUUGUUUUGUUUUGUUUUUUUUCCUGAAGUACAACCAGCCAUGGCCUGAGAGCUCCUGGUGUCUGAGCGGGGCUUCGGCGCGGCCCUGGGGGGCUCUGAGCAGACACAUCUCAUCCCUGCGCUGCAGUAAAUAUUUAUAUGUACAGUCAAUGUUCUUUUGGAAUUAAAGCUCCGGGGCUGGGAGGGGCUGCUCUGCACCUCGCCAUGACCCCACGUGUGCGUCACCUGCGUCACGGCUGCACUUUGGAACACACAUCCCCGCACCCCCCAGCCCCGAGGAUGUCCUCGCAUGGCCACGCAGCAUGGGGUGAAGGCGCUUUGUAUUUGGGGAGUGGGGGGGUUGUUGGGUACCGAGUAAGUGACAGUGGGUUUAGUGGCACCUGGGGAGCAGAUUUGGGUCAGGGACUUAUGGGCUGGGGGUCCCUGCAAUGGUGUGAGCCCAGGGAUCAGCUGGGAUAAAACAUGGGGGGGUGAUGCUGGCUUUGGGGUUUCCACCUCCCAGAGGGAACGGGAGGACGAGGAGUUGGAUUUCUCCAUGCUGUGCCCCUUCCAAGCAGGCUCAGCCCGGAGGAGGGUCCUGGUGGCCUCGGUGGCACUGCUGGGGAUACCCCAAGCACCCCGUAUCACAGCAUCUGUGCCCCCCCCAGGAAGGCAGAGAGGAAAUCUGGCACCCAAAGUGGGUGCGGGUGGGGAGAGGGUGGUCCCCCCUCGACCCCCCCCCAGGGGCCACUCAAUUUCACAUAGGAUUUUUUGCUCUUUUUUAAUCACUAACACUUAACUCACCCCCUACACACACACUCCCCCCUCCCCCCUCCCCAGCACACACAGACACACUCCGGGGGGCAGCAGCCCCUCCGCACACCAUGCCCACCCCACCCCAACCCCACAGCUGCUCCACAGCCCCAUGUAGCUACCACCCCCCUCCCCUAGCAAUGCCGUAGGUGAAUCGUAGUCUUUGUAUUUCUUUUUAACCUGCAAUCUGAGGUAGCGUAGCGAGUGUCGUGUAUUUAGUGGCGUGUUAUUUUUAUCUCAGUAACUAACUUGUGGAACAGCAGUAUUCUCACUUUCUCUGUAUCUUCUCUCCAUGUGGUCUGUGCUCCGAGUGUACAUGAGAUGAAACACGUUUGCCCUCUCCAUGUGUCUAAUAUUGAAUUAUACUUAUAUAUUAUAUAUAUGCUUAUAUCCUUCUUAUACCCAUAUAGACCGACGUCGAUGUGUUACACGCAAGUUUUAUACUCUAAUAUUUAUAUUGCUUUUUUUUUUUUCUUUGGGAAAAAAAAUAAUAAAAAUGGUUUCUUCUGAA